CAUGGCGCCAAUACCGCAAGAUGUAUCCAGCUCCGAUGGCACCGCAGAUUCUGGAGACAGGGUCGUCAUCUCCGGAAUGGCGGGCCUUUACCCUGACUCACAUAACGUCAAAGAGUACCGCGAUAUUCUUUACAAUAAGGUAAAUCCAACGGCAACGAAAAAUGCUCGUUGGGAGUACAACCACCCGGAGGUAGCUCAAUACACAGGAAAAGUACCAGAGCUGGAGUAUUUCGACGCGCAAUUCUUCAAAGUGCACUAUCGCCUCGGAAACUCCAUGGACACCAUGGCGAGGAAGAUUCUAGAACAAGCAUACGAUGCUAUUUAUGAUGCAGGUGUGAGUCCAGAGCAACUGUCUGGCACAAAAGUUGGCGUCUACGUUGGUACUUGUUUCUCAGAAACCGAAAAAGCUUGCUUUUAUGUAGCUAGCACAAGAUCAGGCUUUGGUAUAGCAGGAUGCAAUAAAUCGAUGUUCGCCAAUCGAGUUUCCUACUGGUUGAACGCGAAGGGACCGUCGAUGUCUGUAGACCAGGCCUGCUGCAGUUCUACUGUCGCUUUGGACCUGGCAUACCAGGCUAUUAAGCACGGAGAAAUCGAUUCUGCUAUUGUUGGUGGGGCAAAUAUUUGCUUGCAUCCACAGUCUUCUGUGCAUUAUGGACGAAUCAUGCCCAUAAGUAAAGAUGGAAAAACAAAAUCAUUUGAUAAGGACGCGAGUGGUUGUACAAGAUCUGAAGCCGUCAAUGUUUUGUUCCUACAGAAGGCAAAAAAUGCACUGAGGAUAUAUGCCGAAGUAAUUCACAUAAAAUCUGAAUUCCGCGGUUUACUUGAAGGUGAAAACGGACCUAAAUAUGGUUUUUACCGGGAACCGAAUGACAUGGCGGUGUUCUUGAAAAAUUUUUACAAAGAAGCAAAUGUGCCUCCCCAAUCUGUUGAAUACGUCGAGGCAGUUGGUUCUGCUACCCCCGAAGCAGAUAAAGCAGAAUUAGAAGCUUUAGGUAAAGUGUUUUGUGAAAAUCGUGAUGAUCCUCUUUUAGUUGGAAGUGUGAUGUCUAACAUUGGCUAUGGAGAGGCAGCGUCUGGAGUGUCUGCUAUAACAAAAGUACUAUUGGGUUAUGAAAAUGGCAAAAUUGCAGCGAAUCUUAAUUGUGAGAAUCCAAGAAAUGAUGUUGAUGCAUUGAAGAAGGGAAAAAUGCGUAUUGUGACUGAACACCAGUCGAUUGGAGGUGGUUAUGCUGCUAUCAAUGGAUUGUCAGUGACUGGUGUUAACGCUCAUGUAUUACUACGUGGGCACAAUAAACCAAAGGACUUAAAUCGCUAUAAGAGCAACAUUCCGCGACUAGUAACUAUUUCGGGCAGACAACAGUCCGCUGUUGAAAAUAUAUUAGAGGACUUGAAGAGCCGUCCCAUCGAUCCCGAGGAACUUGCCCUUUUCCAUAACAUUCACCAGACUAGAAUCAGUGGGCACUUGGGACGAGGAUAUAUCAUAUUAGACACAGAUGAAUUCAAUGAGACAGUAAGCCUUAGCCAAAAAGCCAAUUACUUCGAUGACGCGGUUCGUCCGCUGUGGUUCGUGUACAGCGGGAUGGGCUCGCAGUGGCCCGAGAUGGGGAAACAGCUCAUGCGCAUACCUGUCUUCGCCGCAGCUAUAGAAAGCUGCCAAAAAGUGCUCGAGCCAAAGGGUGUGGACAUAAUCCAUAUAAUAACUUCACCAGACAAGAAAAUCUUCGACAAUAUCUUAUAUUCGUUUGUUGGAAUUGCUGCAAUACAAAUUGGGCUUACUGAUGUUCUUACAGAAUUGGGAAUUGUACCUGAUAAAAUUAUCGGUCACAGUGUAGGCGAGUUAGGAUGUGCGUACGCAGACGGUUGCCUCACAGCGGAAGAGAUGAUUCUCUCCGCGUACAGCCGCGGGCUCGUGUCUGUACAGACACCGUUCAUUAAGGGAUCAAUGGCGGCUGUUGGAAUUGGGUAUCAGCAGAUUUCCAAAAUGUGUCCACCAGAAAUUGAAGUGGCAUGUCGCAACAGUUCCGAAUCAUCGACUAUCUCAGGGCCAGCAGAUGCUAUGAAGGAGUUUGUUGAUUCUCUGACCGCGAAGGGCAUAUUUGCUAAGGAAGUCCCAUGUUCCAACAUCGCGUAUCACUCAAGAUAUAUUGCUGACGCAGGACCUGGUCUUUUAAAAUACUUAAGCGAAGUAAUAAAGACUCCGCGACUGCGCUCCGAACGCUGGGUAUCAACAUCUAUUCCUGAAGAAAGAUGGGAAGAGCCACUUGCAAAGUACUCCUCAGCGGAAUAUCACACCAAUAACUUGCUUAAUCCAGUUCUAUUCGAGGAGACAUCUCAACAUAUACCACAGAAUGCAGUGCUUGUCGAAGUAGCACCACACGGUCUUUUGCAAGCAAUCCUGAAACGUUCUUUACCUAACUGUACAAAUAUACCACUCACUCGCCGAGGCCAUGCCGAUAAUGUCGUACAUUUAUUGGAAGCCAUUGGAAAUGUGUUUAUGGAAGGAUACUACCCAAAGAUACAGAACCUUUACCCGAAAGUAGAAUUCCCUGUAUCUACGGGAACACCGAUGCUGGGACAUUUGGUGGAAUGGGCACAAACGGAAAAAUGGAAUCUACCUUUAUACGUGUCUGCACAUAGACAAAUGGCAGCGGCCUGCAAAUUCGUUCUUUCCAUACACGAUGAUGAACACAGCUAUUUACGCGGACAUAUUAUCAAAGGCAAAAACUACUACCGAUUCUCUGCUGCCCUGGUAGCGGUGUGGGACACUCUAGCUAUGGUUUUGGGGCAGAAAAAGAAGAGUAUAUCGGUUCAGUUCCAGAAUAUUCUGUUUUUAUCUCAGCCUUUGUUACACAACAUAAGACAACUACGCCUAACUGUAGCUCUACAUAGAGGCACUGGAAAAUUUGAGGUUACUAAUGAAGGCAUUACUGUAGCUACUGGAGGUAUUCAAGUAGUCGAAAAGAGCAAGAACCAUCGACUAUUCAGGCUUCCAGCUGAACACAAAGAACCAUUGACCCUCCAGACUGAAGAUAUCUACAAAUUACUUUAUACGCGCGAUUAUCACUACAGGGACGAUUUCCAGAGUAUUAACGAAGCAAACCAGACGUUAACCGAGGCUAACAUUCAUUGGAAGAAAAAUUGGGUUACCUUGAUUGAUGGUCUAUUACAGUUAAAUGCAUUACGAGUUCCAAAUAGUAGCGUGUCGCAACUAGACUCCAUAAGGGAGAUGCAUAUAAAUAUUGACGAGCAUAGGAUAUAUUCCGACAGCAAAGUGCUAACAGCUGAUGUUCUUGAAGUUUACGACUGUACUAGGUGUGGUGGUGUCCUUAUAGAAAAUCUAAGAUUCCAGGAUUUGCCUUUGGCAAAACAGGACAGCAUUGCCAUUAAGUACUUGCAAUUUGUACCACAUAUUACAAAUAACCAGUUAAAUGAAGCAUCUGCGCUAUGUGUACUUCUUCAAAUAGUCGCUGAAAAUGUGAAUAAUAAUGAAAUAACUGCGGUUAAAAUAUAUAAUAACGCUGAAAGAAAAAAGCUUUUGCAUAACGUUGACGUCUUCUUUGUCAACGAUUUAUGUAGUGAUGAUAAGAUGUGCAAAGAACUUCAUAAAAUUCUGCUUCCUAAUACAUUUAUCAUUAAUAGAGAAUACUGCGCCGAAGCCAAAACGCGACCUUCUUCCUUGUACACAGUAAUUUGCGACCAUGUAAUUGAAAAACAGAAAAUACAAUUAAUCAAAUGGAAUCCAAAAAAUAUCGCUUCAGCAACAAGUGCUGUUACUAUCACAGACAAAUCCGGUUUAUUACAUCUAAGAUCCCUACUGGAUACUUUACCUGUAAAACAAAGAGUUCUCGUAUUUGCUCAAUAUCCAGCAAUAUCUUAUUUGGAAAAUUUGGUAAAGCAAUGGAGGAUGCAGGGACGCAUUAUGAAUUUAUGUAUAAUAAACCAUGAACUCAAUGAAGGUCAGUUUAUGGAAGAUUUACCUGAAUCUGACUUGGCCGUUAAUGUUUUUGACCACGGCGUUUGGGGAGGUAAGUACUACGUUCCAGGAAGACAGCUGACUCACACGGGCCAGUGCGCUAUGCUACAAAGUUCAAAACUUGGAGAUAUUGAGUCACUGAAAUGGUUCGAAGCACCUAAAGUUUCUGACUCUGGAAUAAAUGUUCAGGUUCAUUAUGCUGGAAUAAAUGAUCUGGAUGCUAAGAGGGCUUAUGGUAUAAUUCCAUUCAGUGAAAACACAACUAAAGGUUAUUAUGGAUUGGACUAUAGUGGAGUGACCAAAAAUGGUACCAAAGUUAUGGGCAUGAUCAAUGGAGGUUCUGUGAGCAAUGAAAUUAAAGCUAAUCCAAACCUCUUGUGGCCCGUACCAGAACAUUGGACACUCGAAGAUGCAGCAACCGUUCCUUUGGCCUACUGUAUGGCACUUUACGUUUUGAAUAUUAAAGGUACAUUCGCUCCCGGCAUCAAAGUUUUAAUUCACUCUGGUACCGGUGCUUUAGGACAGGCUGCUAUAUCCAUAUGUUUAGCUUACGAUUGUGAGGUAUAUACAACAGUGAGCGAUUGUAGCAAGAAACGCUUCCUCAAAAAGUUGUUCCCAAAACUAAAAGAAGAAAACAUCGGAAAUUCGAGAGAUAUUACAUUUGGAGAUAUAGUUCUCUCAAGUACUAAGGGAACAGGCUGCGACAUAGUUCUCGGCAGCCUCAAGGGUGAACUCAAAAAUGCAUCUUUGAAAUGCUGUGGACCAUCUGGUGUAACAAUAGAUACAAGUUUAAUAAGCAGCCGUGAGGAUUAUAACUUUGGAAUGCACUGCCUUACAAAAAACAGAACAUUUAAAAUAAUUAACUUCUCAUCAAUAUUUGAACCUGGAAAGGAACUUGUAAGAAAGCAACUUCAAUUGCAAUUAAGUGAAGGUAUAGCUAAAGGCUACGUGCGACCCCUGACUCGUGUAGUGUACAGUCCUAACGAGGUGCUAAGAGCAUUUAAUUUGGUGGCAACUAGCAAACACCGCGGUCGAGUGCUGAUCGAUAUGAAACAGGACAUUUGUAUGGAAAAAGCAAGAUUAAAUUGUUCUCCAAAUAAUGCUCACAUAGUGUUAUCGGACAAUGAUGUACUAGCAAUGCAACUUGUUGAUCGACUUGUCGACCGAGGAGUCCGAAAUUUGAAUCUUAUUUACGAAGGCCGAUCUGAAAGUUUGCUAUUUAAAAUAAGAAUGUGGAGAAAAACGGGAGUUGAGGUGAAAAUACAAGAAAAAGAAGACAUUGCCGACAAAAAUAUAAUUCUUAAUAUUCUACAAGACGAUAAAAAGAAUAACAUUGAAGGAGUAUAUGCCAUACUUACGAAUGAUAGCAAAUUUGACAGAGUAAAUGAAUUUUUGGAAGAUUUGGAUUCACAAACGAGAUUAUUAUGUCCUCAGCUAAGGUAUUUUGCUAUCAUAAACAACGAAAAUGUGAUUGGUGAACAGGUAACAUUAUUGAGGGCAAAACUUGGUUAUCCUGCUACUCUCAUUCGACUUCCGUCGCUAUUAAAGAAUGAACUCAACGAUGGCCAGCAUCAAUUAAUGUCAAUAAGAAGUGCUAUUGAUGCAGUUGAAGAAGCUAUGAUAUCUCAAGAAGCAGUCAGCAAAGCACAACUUGUACCACAUAUACCUAACAAAUCUUUGAUUGACGACGUUGCUAAAUGGGCUGGAGUUAAACUUCCAGUAGAAGUAGAUGAGAACCUUACUCUGUCAGAUUUAGGCAUGGAUGUAGACCGAGCACAGGCCGUGCAAGCUGGUUUGAAAAAUGAGUACAAUAUAUACUACCGUGAAGACGAAAUAUCCGAUCUAACAAUACAAAGAAUUGGCCAAAUAGAAGAACUGUUGUAUGAAUCAGAGUAUAAAGAUACUACGGGUUUGGAAACGUUUUAUUCUUACGUAGAUUCGGAUGAACUAUUUGCUACAACUGAGAUGGCCUUUUUGUCUACAUUGACCAACAGCGCAUCUAUGCGUGAUGAUGAAUUCGACUCAAGUCAAAAGUUCCUGUGUAUUGUUCCUGGAGUGGAAGGACAUUACAAGCGCUUCUCAGAAUUGUGUGAAAGACUAAAGUUACCAGCUCUGGUGCUGCAACCAGGUUUAGCAAUGGCUAAAAAUGAAACAUUACAAGAUGUUGCUCUACGCUUUGCUAAGACACUAUUAAAACGGACCGAACUAAAAGAAAACUUCUAUCUACUGGGUUACGAGUCAGGAGUCAUCAUUGCUUUAGAAAUGGCAGCCAUUCUGGAGGAAUACGGUCUGACGGGUAUAGUAUAUUGCAUUGGAGGUACACCCAACGGUAUUCAAAUGCAAUUCGCUUCAAAACUUCAACAAUUCCAAGAUGAGACAUCGCUUCAGGAAGCCGUGGGCAGGCACAUGGUGAAUAUUAUGUCGGGGCAAAGUAGUGCUUCACUAGAAACAGCCUUUGAGAAGGCUCCAACUUGGAAAGAAAAAGUAGAUAGCUGUUUACGUGAUUUGAGAGGACGAGUCAAUCAUUCCGCCCAAUAUACUAGAGAGCUCAUAGAGACAGCAUAUUCACGUAUUGUACAAGUCAGAAAUUAUUCGUCGAAGCCGCAGAAAUUGCGAUCGCUGCUAAUUGUGAUGACACCUAGUGAUUGGUUUGAAAAGUUCUCUUUACAGGAUUAUUCUGUGCAGCCAAUAGUUGAAUACAAACUUAAAGCACCAUUAGCUUACGCAGCUCAAGAUCUGCGUUGUGCUGGAAUAAUAAACAGACAUCUUGACGAAGAUAUAUUAGAAGCAUUUGAGCAUAAGAAUAUAUGUGAGACGUACCUACUGAAUGCGGAUACUUUUAUGACCACUAAUUAGUUCACUUUGUGUUGAAUAAAUAAACGGUUUUAUGAAUUUA